AUGGCUAUAGAUCACAAGUUAUGCAAAGAUAACUUCUACAUACCAGAAUUUCUACAGAACAACACCUGCACCAACACUACCAGGGAAAUUCAGCAAAAGCUAGAAUCAGUUAAUAAGGCCUUGGAAGAACACCUAGAAAAAUUCAACCGAGAAAGAGAACGGCUCUUGAAAAGCAAAACUGUAACAUUGGAAAACAUCAAGAAGUUCAGGAAAGAAAUCAAUGACAGACUUGAUGAACUAGAGAAGAACACUAUAUCUGACACUGAAGAUAAGUAUAAAACCUUCAUUAAUGAAAAGGAAGAUAGUAUAAGAAUAUUAGAGAGAAGUAAAGCUUGCUUAAAAUCCGCUCAAGACAAGCUGAAACUGGCAAGUGACAACAAAUUGCAAAUCUUUGUAAAUGUCAAGAAAGGAGAAAACAUUGCUGAAAAUGUUGCUAAAUCUGUAAAAGCAACCAAACUACAAACACCAUUCAAAGACAUUGAUUUCGCUGGAGAUCGUAGACUAGAUUCUUUGUUGCAUGAAAUAAAUGUUUUCGGCAAGAUUGAACAGAGAAUAGCCAUGAAAACAGAAAAUAUUGGUACUGUGAAUAUUCAUAAGAACGAUUUUUUACUUCAAGUAAAAGGUUGCACAAAAUAUAGUGUUAACGUUCAGUCAGAUAAAAAAUAUUGUGAUAUUAUCAGCGCCUGUACUCUGGAGGAUGGAACAAUUAUACUGUCUGAUUGGAGCAACAGCAAGCUGAAACGUUUAGACAGUUCCUCAUAUGCUGUCAUAGACUACUGUGAUCUACAGGGGAGACCAUGGCAAGUUUGUUCUAUUGAUAAACAGCAAGCUGCUGUAUGUUUGCAUGACAAGAAAGAAGUUCAAUUCAUUUCACUAUCAAGCAAAAUGGCAUUAACAAACAAAAUAAAAACUGGCUUUGAAUGUUUUGGUCUAUCAUAUGCUGAUGGCAAUCUGUACAUUUCAGACUAUACAUCAGUUUACAUAUACAGUGUAUCAGGAAGAAAGCUGAAGAAAUUCAGUAAAGAUCAAUCAGGACAGGAAAUGUUCUCUUCCAUCCGCAGUCUAGCUGUCAGUGAGAAUGGUUCCAAGAUUUGUGUUGCUGACAGAUACAAAGGACUGAUUAUACUGGAUAAUAACGGGAUAGUUGUUGGAAGAUUUAAUGACUCACAGUUAAGAGGUGCCGAUGGUUCUUGUCUUACAGGUAGAGGGAGUCUUCUUGUGUGUGCAGAUUUCUCCGACAAUGUGCUACAGUUUGGACCGAAUGGUAAUCUGAUAGAUGAGGUUGUGAAAUUUUAUGAUACAUCUGCCUUUAAUAAGGCAAUAUGUUGCAAUCAGCAAAUGUCAAAGAUGAUUAUAGGCAGAAACAGGGAUGAAAUUGAAGUAUAUGAUUUGAUAUGA